CAGUAGUUAUUUUACAGGGUUAAAUCAUUCCAUGGGAUCAUGCAUAGACAGCGCUCAAUAUUGCAGGGCAUAUUAGGAUGCUUUUGGUUGUAUUUUUAAAAACUAACGCCGUGCUGUGUAUUAGUUAGCAGCUAUGUCUGUUUUACAUUCCGACAGUGGAAGAUUUUUCAUACCGGAGGAUUUAGUUUAUAAAAUGGAAUGGGACGAAGAGGAUAGUAUAGAUCACCAGUUACUCAUACAAAAAGCUGAUACGUUAGCAUCACAAAAUCGUAUUAAAGAAGCACUUGAUUUGUUUUCAGUGGCUAUAAAGCAUGGAUCGGUGAGGCCAGAACAACUAAGCACUUUAGUAGACUGCGUUCUGCGGAAUUUCAAGGUGGCAUACGGUUCAGACACCGACAAGACUACACCAUCAAAGAAUGACAGCUACAGGGAAGACCCCGGUGAUAAGUUUUGCUGUCCAGGAUGCCAUAGAUUUCUCAGUGAACCGGUGACUGUUGCUUGUGGACAUACAUAUUGCAAACGCUGUUUACAACUAGAACUAUAUUCAAAAUGCAAGCUCUGUAAUAAUGAUAUGGAUACGAGGUGCGGUUCAGGCCAGCCACAUAGAACCAAUGUGAUACUCUCAGGUCUCCUGGAAAAAUGGUUCCCCGAUGAGACAAAAGUGUCAAAAGUCAUUUUGGAAAUUGAAGAUCUGACCAGAAGACGACGCUUUGAAGACGCCUUGGUUCUGUCCAGUAAUAUGAUUGAGUCAGAUCCGGGUGAGGUCUUGGGGAGAAUAUUCAGAGCUGAGGCCUACGCUGGACUCAAACAGUACGAGUUGGCCCUGAAGGAACUGGAGGAGCUGUGUUUGAACUCACUUGGCAGCCCAGAGGUGUAUUUCCAGAAAGGCAAAAUCCUCCAGGAGAUGGGCUGCGCCAACAAAUCGCUGCAGGUGCUGCUCCAGUGUCUGGCUUUAGACGGGGACUUCGCCCCGGCCAAAAAGGAAGUCGAAAAGAUUGUGUAUGAUUUGGUGUCACCUGAUUGUCAGAAGGUGAAAGAGGGCCUACAGGAAAUGGCCCAAGGCUCCGCCCCCGGACUGCGUACCAAAACGCCGGUGGGUGACGGGCAGGCCAAAGCUCCAUACCAUAAGGAGAAAUGCGAUACGGCGAGCUCGUCGGAGAGCGAGGAGCAGCCGGGCCUCGGUCGGGCCUCGUCGCUGCGCCCCCCCGGACGUCUGCGCGGGUCCGGGACCGAGGAGGGCCUGAAGAGGGUGUCCUCCGCCCCCCAGCUGGGCAGGCAGGACAGAGGGGGAGCCCUGUUAAAGAGGAAGCUGUCCGUAUCUGAGGCCGAGCCCUCAGCCGUCCGCAGAGGAGCGAGCAAACUCAAGAAGCAAGGAGGUGAGUGUGACACGUGGGACUGCUCUCCUGCCCCCUGCAGGGUGGCUCCUGCUGGCUCGGUGGAGGCCAGCGAUUUCGAGUGCCCCCUCUGUAUGAGAUUGUUCUAUGAGCCGGUGACCACGCCCUGCGGACACACCUUCUGUAGGAGCUGCCUGGAGCGUUGCCUGGAUCACAUGACCCAGUGUCCUCUCUGUAAAGACAGCCUCAAAGAGUACCUAGCAACUGGGCAUUACAGCAUUACGGAGGUUUUAGAUGGCCUGAUUAAAACUUACCUGCCUGAACUGCAUUUGGAGAGGCACAAAAUGCACACGGAGGAGACCGAAGAGUUCUCUGACCCGACAAAGAAUGUCCCGAUGUUCGUUUGCACCAUGGCGUACCCCACUGUCCCGUGCCCUCUGCACGUCUUCGAGCCGAGGUACCGACUGAUGAUCAGGAGGUGCGUGGAGACCGGGACCAAGCGCUUCGGCAUGUGCGUCAGCGACCCGCAGAAAGGGUUUGCAGACUACGGCUGCAUGCUGCAGAUCCGGAGCACGCACGUCUUCCCCGACGGACGCUCGGUGGUGGACACCGUCGGCUGGAAGCGGUUCCAGGUCCUGAGCCGGGGCGUGAGGGACGGCUACAACGUCGCCGACAUCCAGUUCCUGGAGGACGCAAAGGUGGACAGUGAGCAGGGACUGGCGAAACUCGCGGUGCUCCACGACCAGGUGUACAAGCAGGCCUGCUCCUGGUUCCAGAACCUGAAGAGCCGCUUCAGGGGGCAGAUCCUGCAGCACUUCGGGCCCAUGCCAGAGGGGGAGACGGACAUACAGGCCACGCCCAACGGACCGGCUUGGUGCUGGUGGCUCCUGGCCGUCCUGCCUGUGGACCCACGGUACCAGCUGUCUGUGCUGUCCAUGUUGUCCCUGAAAGAGAGGCUGACCAAGAUCCAACAGAUCCUCACCUACCUGCAGAGCACCUACAACGAGUAGAGCUUUGGGUCUGCUCUCCCUGGUGCUGUCCAGGCUCCGCCCACUGGCUAACUGCCUUUAUGCACAACAGCCAAUCAGACUUCACCAUAGAUCUGAUCUGUGGCUUAUUGCAUUCGUUAGCAGGCACUGCAGAGCCCAGAGAGCUGUGGCCUAUGUCUGUAGUCUUCACAUUUCCGGGUAGACAACCCGGAAGGGGUGAUAAAUGGCUGAGUUGAGAACACAAAACUGUGGUUCAGAAGCGGAAAAGAGCUUGCAGUGUUCCUCACUGCUCCAUCUCCAAGAGGAAACAGUCCUAAUUGUCCUUUUUUUUGUGCAGAUGAACACCGAAUAAAGUUGUAUAUAAGGGCUAUAAGGAGAGAUGUAGGAGCGGGAUUUGUAGUGAAAAUGGCAGCACGUGCAAUAGUAGUAGUAGUUCACUGCAGGCACACGGCACAAAUAUUAACGUUUUGUCGCGUAAACACAAUAAGAAGCACUGAAAUGUCAAGAUUGUGUCGUUAGCUAGUUAGCCACGUUAGCUUCCGAACGUAACAAAGUUAAUACCCCUUCCGGUCUAGGUCGCCAUCUUGUGAAAUAAGCCGCUUAUGAUGAAUGAACAGUUGCCAACUAUUCUGUGUUGAUGUCAGGAUGAGGGACAUUUUAAAGCAAUUUCUGUGAAAUUUUGACAUUCUGGAAAUAGACAAAUGGAGAUGCUGAGCAUGAGGGGUAGAGAUGUUUCCUGUUUUUUGUUUUUUUUGUUUUGUGUUGGAAUAUUUAAUCCUGACAAAUAAGAAUGUUUUAAUCUGUGCUGGUGGUGAUGGUUUGAGCGGUUGACUCAAGGUUGUAUGUUGUGUGUUGUUGGAUGAUCCACCUGCUAUUUAAUCAAUAACUAUUUUCAUGUCAUACGUGCAGUCAUGAUUACAAAAUCUCAAUAUCUGUGUUGUUAUUGUAUAUGACUGAGUUAUAAAAUAUGACCGUUUCAUAAACUCAAUCCAGCCGAGCAAUUGCCAUGUCUUCUAAAAAAAAAUGCUGUAAUGGGUUUUUUGCAAAAGGAAAUCUGGUAUGCUUGUAUUUCUGUGGUGGCCCAUGGCCUAUAAGACACGUUGCCUUAUACCAUUUUGCAUUUUGUUUUAUGCCACAGUGCAUUGUACAGGUUGUGUUCCUGUUUUUCUGGUAAUAUUGUAACAAGCUUUUCAAGUCAGCAUUUUGCUGCAUUGUUCAUUGUGUAAAUACGCGAAUGAUUGCUUUGUAUGUGUAAAUCACCCGUUUGACAUUUUUACAGAUUUUGCUUUGACAUGUUUUAAGUUAUCAAUUUUGAAUAAAAUAUUUUUUUUUA